CCCAAUUUUAAUAAGCCAAAUUAGGACCCGAGACGUACGGAUCGGGCGAUGCAAAUGUGCUGAAUCCGAGUUUAUAGGUGAUGAUGGGGCUCAACUUCAACUGAAAGCCGAAAGCCCACUCCUCCACCAUCCCUCAACCUCAAGACGAGGGGCUAACCCCAUUUUCUAUCUCCAGGUAAGAAAAACUGAAAAAAGGAAAAUCUCUUUCUCUCACUUUCAGAAGUGUGUGUUUGGAACUUUUUUUCGAACACGUAAUGCGCGUUGCUUCACGUCUCGAAUCACUCCCUGCACAAGGUUGGAGUCCAUUGUUUGUCUGAUGUGGUAUAAUUAUCCAUUAAAACCUCGCCUUGUUAUAGAUCAAAUUCAGAUGAGAUCCGCUGCCAUUUACUUUUCAAUGUUGCAAGCCCCCAGAGGCAGUAUCCAUGGCUUAGCUAACUUUUGUUGGGAAAGCUUCCGCAAUAUAAGUUGCAGUCAUGUAAAUAGUUCGAGCCUCAAGCCACUUGCUUCCAAGUAUGGGGUUCAAGGAGGUUACAGAAGAAGAUGGAUUAGAAGGCCUAUGACAACAAAAACAGGUGGAAGAAACAAGACUAACCAGGCUGCUAAACCAAGUAACCUUGUGCGUAAAAUUGUAGAUAAAAAGGUGUCAACAAGCACUGCAUUGAAUUUAAAUAAAGCAGAUGAAACAAGUAAACAUCAACAGAUUGAGUACUGUGGUAUUAAACAGAUGAUUGCAGAGAACAAAGACUUAGCUGACCUUGUAACGUUUAUCAUUUAUGAUACUGAAACUUCGGGCCUUAGUAGAAAAGAUGACCGAAUCAUCGAGAUAGCUCUUCAGGAUCUGGCAGGAGGUGAAAACAGCACAUUCCAGACGUUGGUUAAUCCCGGAUGCUAUGUUGCAAAUUCUCAUAUUCAUGGCAUCACAAGCAACAUGGUUUGUAGGCGUGAUGUUCCAAGGAUGGAGGAACUAAUACCAAUCCUGCUGCAGUUUAUAAAAAGCCGUCAGAAACCUGGGGGUUAUGUAUUGUGGGGUGCUCACAAUAGUUUUGCAUUUGAUUUACCGUUUUUAAUCAAUGAAUUCAGUCGUUGCUCAUACGAGAUUCCUCCGAAUUGGUUGUUUAUGGACACCAUUUCUCUCGCCCGUGAACUGAUGAAGUCCGGAGGGUCCAACCUCCCUUCGGGAAUAUCCUUACAAGCACUUCGAGAGCACUACAAGAUCCCAUUAGUUGGUUCAGCACACAGAGCCAUGUCUGAUGUAAGAACCUUAUCAAUGAUUCUACAGAUGUUAACAUUUGACUUGAAACUCACACUCCCAAAUCUUGUCACAAGAUCUUUCACUGCCUUUGAAUAUGUCAACAAUAAAAGGAAAAAGAGUUGAGCCUUUGCUUCGAGGUGGUUUAUCCUGUAUUUAAUUGUUUGUUGUAUUCCUUAAACUCCAUUCUUACCAAUAAAAUGCUAAGCUGCAUUUGUGAUUCAA